AAGGCGCGCUACAGUACGUCGGAUACACAACGAACAAGCUAUUACAGAUAUUUUUUGUUUCUUGUUGUGAGUACUAAGUUUUUCCAUAAAAAUGGGUAACUGCUGUAUUGUUGGUGGAGUAAACAAGGCAACUGCCGUAGUGCCAACCACCACACUGGAUGGAAGCGAGCAGAACAGCCCGGUAUUUUUGUCAUUGAUGAUGUGAUGACAUGGACACGCUAGACUGCGAAAUCGAAAACUGAAGAAACAGUUUCUUCAGUCAGCAUUGUUUUGCAAUUUGAUCAUUGCUGUAUAUGCAUAAGCGAAUUAAAUUUGAAUUGAGAACAUUUCGAAUGACUUGAUGACUUAGUUAGUAUACUAACUUGCAAUGAAUAUCAGGAUUCCCCGGCAGGAGCCACGCAGCGUAUGGCGAAGUUCGAGUCCUCAAAGAAUGCGCAGAAGAAUAUCACCCAUGGUCUGGCCCAGCAGCUGCACGCGCCAGCAAAAGGGCUCCCCACGACCCGGCCUUCCGACGCGCGGCAGGACACGAAGGGAAAUUUGCUUUUGCACAUGGACAACGAAGAGAGUUAUUUCCCGAAACAGGUAAACGACGCAUCUUCCGGUACCUGCUCGCCUGAAAAUGCCGCAACUACUGCGAAUCACUUUGCCGCGCACGACCGAUGCACGACGAGCAAUGUGCUUGCCACCGCGGCGCGAACAAAUGAUGUUGAGAAAAAUGUUCCAGCUGAAAGCGAUCACAACUCCGAGAGUGACCACGACCACCAGCCGCUGCUUGACUGCAAGCCCGACCUGAUCCCAGGCGAAGAGAUGGUGCGGCAGAUGAAGCGAGGCGUCGAAACAAAGACACUGUCCAAGGUGCUGAAACGACUCAAGAGCUCGAUCGUAAUCUCCAGCACGGACCAAGAUCGGUGUGCGGAUUUUUUGCGCGAGGAAGGUCAUCUGCAGCUCGACCAGAUGGGACAAAACGAACUACAGGAGAUGAACUUUAGUAAGCAGAUCAACUUCAACGGCUCGGGUGAGAAAGACGAGGGUGAAAAUGUUGCCUACACCGCUCGCGGGAAUGCAACAGCACCCGCAACAGCCGGGGAUGAGGUGAGCCGCGACAACUCCAGUUGCACUCAGUGGUCGCAUGAUCAACCACCGGAAGAACGAGGAGCUUGUGUGGGGACGAUGGAUCAUAAGACUGCUCUGCAAAAAUCUUUUCCAAAGUUGCAGACGACCCAGACCGCCCACUUCGGUACGAGCUCGAGCCGCUUUCUCGGCGGCGAAAAUCCAAGUGGUCCAAGUUCUCCUGCGGAUGCUGGUGAAAAUAAUUCCCAGCACGGCCAAAACCUUGUUGCAGCGCUUCCGAAUGCAACUACGACAGUUCCGACAAACCCAACCAUCUCUACGCCGCUCGUCCGGGACAUUAGCUCGGAGGCGGACGCGGUGACCCCGCCCAACGGGAGCAAUUCCAACGAUGCCAAGUUUGCCACAACUUCCAGCAGUGAUGACACGAACAGCGAGUAUCGGCUGGACCGUCACACCAGUCGCAACACGUUCUGGAACGCGCGGACCACGGCAGGAGCUGGCGGUGCCCCGGGCGGGUACAACAACCUUAGCCCCCCACGAAACAGCAUCAGUCCCUCAAUCACCGGCGCGACGGCGGGCACCAGCAGAUUCCCGAAAGACUUGACGGGCACGACGAACAACUCCGUGAAAAUUUUGAAACUAGAAGUCGAAUCCGACGCGGUCCCGCUCUCCGCAGUCGGUUCCUCCUCGUCAGCGAAACACGACGACAAGAUGAACGGCGGAGAAUGUUGGGGUACUAACGGAAUAAAUAACACGGCGGGCUGGAGGUCGACGGACGGGCGCAGCGCGAGCAUGGCGUCCUCUACGGUUUCGAACGACCUGCUAAAGACCAAGAAGAACAUCAGUAGCCUGGCGUCCUCAAGUGCGACCAGCGUUGCGUCCGGAGCAGGCUGCUCGAGUACAGGAGCGGCGAAUGAUGUUAACGAUGUGCGAACAAACUACAUUAACGGCAAGGACGAGAAAAAGAUGUCGAACAUGAAUAAACACGACGCUUCUUGGAUGUUGUCCGGUGUUGAGGACAUGACGAACAACAAGGGUUCAUCGGACAACGCCAGUUCAGAAGAAAGUCACUUCGCCUUGAGCCGCCAGCGAACGACCAGCAAAGACCGCGCGGAUAGUACCAAUUUCCACGACGGUGACGAUGUGGACCACUUUCCGGCGCUGGCUUUCACGGUGACAAAGGGCAUCAGCGGGGUUUUAUGGAGUUCUCAAAUGUUACAUUCUCAACUUUGGCAUGGAUUUGUAAUGCAAGAGUGGCAAAAUUGAAAGGGGGAAGAUUGCGCCUUUUGCAUUACAGGUUUGGCGUAGAUUCUCAUGCUAUCUAGCAAGUCGCGAACUUGUCAUGCGAAGCAGCUUGAUCGUGUAGGUAUUUAUGGCUAAUUUGCAUGCCAAAUCCAUGUAACAGUUGAGAAUGUAACGUUUGAGAACGCCAUAGGUGUCGAAAGUGGGUUCGAACCAGAGCCAGUCGAACAAGAGCAUAUUACAGUGAAAAAUGCCCCCACCCCCAAUGUUGCAAUAAUUUGUGAUGCGAAGUUUCCAAAUGAAAGGCCUCUGUCAUGCAUGAAAGGAAUAUGAAUCUUUGUGAUGCAGAUUCUAGGCGUAUAUAGCAUUGCUUGCAUGACAAGCGCCGCUCUUGCUGGGAUCUUUUGCAAUGCAAAUUUUUGCUAUUCACGAUCGGAAAUCUGUGACGCUGAUAGACGCAAGAGAGCGAGUGUUUCACUUGGAAAGGUUUGCAAUACAAAUGCUCCCAAGUUCGGGGGUGGGGGCAUUUUUCACUUUGAUAGAGCAUCACCUCUGUUUUGAGCCCGGCCAAGUGCUCCGAAUGGACCGAGGAAUCGAAGGGAAUCGGAGGAGGUACGUAGUUACUACGAAAAAGGAGAUACUUCUUUUGUAGUACAUAGCUUUAUCUUUAUUGCUACACGAAAAGGCGGUGCUGGUACGCUUUAUGCGUCUCUAGAAACCGCAACGGGAAAAUCGAUUUCGACAAUCUCCGGGGCUUUACUUGGAAAAAUAGCUUUAUACGCAAUCCUCGUUGUGUACGACGUGGUGCGCCGAUCUCUACAGGGAACGUGUGAUAGUGAGAGCUACUACUACACAUUAACGGCAACCAGGUCUACCCAUCCCAGCCGGGCCGUUCGACAACAGUCCUGCGCGCGGGAAAAUGGCUGCAGCCGCACAGCAGCAGGAACCGCCACAACAAGCGGAAGCCGUGCAGAUGGAGAUCCAGCAGAAACACGAAACCCUCUCUCUUUGCCUGAACGCGUGCUACCAGGACGCGAUUCGCAACGUCAGCAACCCCAGCACCCCCGUCGAACUGGGCAUCUCGACGCCGUUGCAGUCGAUGGUGCCGUUGCAGCAGGUGUCGCUGGCGACGACCUCGAAGGACGUGCUGAGCUCCUGCUACGCGAAUGUCUUGCAGACCAUGACAAAGUGAAGACGAUGGGCGAGUCGUGGAAUAGGCGUUGCCGAGUUUUAAAGUUGAUUUUUCAAUUUUCCAGUAGAAGGAGAAACAAACACGAGUCAGAUGGGUACGUCGAUUUUGAGGAGGUAAGUAAUUCUUACGCUAGCUGUACAUCGAUCAACAUCAAGCCGCAGCGCUCAUAUGUAGCAUCGACGGAGUGAUCGUCAUCGAACGCCGCAUUUUUAAACAGGCAAGCAAGACGAGAAGACUCUGCCCCUUCCGGUCUUAUCAUGUCAUCUUUUCCUAGAAAUAUAAACAACAUGACCGAGGACCGCAUGAUGCUUUAGACAAGAGCCGUUUUUUCAUCUUCUUGGGCCCGUCUCGUAACGGCAACAGAAACGGCGUUCUGACACCUGACCGCGAACGCCGCUUGAGGCGUCUCGCUCGAGGGUGGAAGCUUUUGCUGCAGUCUUCAUGUGUAUGCAAAUUACGUUUUUUUUCAACAAUGCCUUUCAUCUUCUUUUGCCGCUUUCGAUUGUUUCCCUUUCGAUUCGUCUCCUGGCAAGGUGAAUAGUUGUAGUGCUGCAGUUAAGUAGUUCUCAUUCGUUUGAAUGAUGCUUGUUCUCAUAUAACUUGUGUUGGCUUUGGCAUGAGCACGAGCACAUAUGUGUUGUGUAAGAUGAUAAAAAUGCAUACAGUUUAUGUCUGAAAUACGAAGCAUAUUUAUGAAUGUUUCUUCUCGCAUACGUUUCUGUUCACCUUCAGGCUGUUUAGCUAAUUUUUCCAUAAAUAAUGAAGAUGACGGCAUGGGCAUGGCGACGACAAGUCAAACUCCACCAGUGUAUAAUUUUUCGAAAAUGGCAAAGAUUCGGACAACACUUUACAGACCGCAAAAUUUAGUGUGUGUAGAUCCGUGCAUAGCUAGAUUCAAAAGAUCGUCUGAACUGUAUAUUGGAGACAAGAAGGUAUUUAAUUGGUUCUCGCGCACUGUUUCUGUUGGUCGCCGCUACGGC